AUGGUCUUACAAGAUGACUACGAUCUCGGUAAGGAUAACCAGGAGUUCUGGAAUAUGAGUGAACUUAUUGACAGGUAUAUCAAGGAUGAAGAAGAUGUUGCCUUUGAAUACGAACUACAAGGAACACCCCAAAGUUUACUAACGUGGAAGCGUUAUCUGGAACAUUGGAAACAACAGGGGAGACCCUCAGAACAUAUUGAAUGGUUAUAUGAAAGGUCCUGCUUACAGUUUAAAGAUAAUCAAGACGUUUGGGAGGAGUACCUAAAGUGGCUUCUCCAAAACUGGAAGGAUACACACGAAACUACCGCAAGUGAUUAUUGGCGAAUAGCUAAUGUUUUUAAACGAUGUAUUAAUGCUGCCAAUGGGAAACCGUUUCUCAACGUAAGUUUACUAUUUUUGGAAUUUGCAAUGGAGCAACGUGAUUUGAAGUUAAUACUAGAUACUUUUGAUAUGACGCUGAAGAAUGUAAAGACAAAUGACCAAGGCAAAUUAUGGAAUCUCAUUUUAAAGUUUGUUAAUGAAAAAUUAUUAUCGUUAACUUUUGCUGAAAGUUCCCUCGAUGAUCUAGAUGAUAACCAAAACGAUCAACUAUUUCUCAUAAUAUAUCAGGCGGUCUUUGUCUCAUCAAAUGUGACAAAUGAGCUAAAUGACGAGGCAAAUAUUUGGGCAUCUCAUCUCUUAGAGAGGUUUAUUCAAGUAUGCAAUGAAAAAUCAAUCAAUAUGGUCUUGUCGUACUUCUAUAGGACCCAAGAUCAUAAACGUAUUAAGAGGGUAUAUGAAAAAUAUCUGAUUAGUAAAUCCAAGAAGUCUAGUUCUUGGCUUCCGAACCCGAAACUUCCUUACCAAUUGAAUAUAAAUUAUUUGAAUACUCUUGAGGCACUUCAUAGAGACAAAGAAUAUGAAGCAUUUAUGGGUGAAAUGAGGAAGAUAUUUCCUGAAGAAUCCACCAAUUUGAUCAUAAUCCUAUGUAGCCACUACGUUAAGAGAGCUGAAUUCCAAAAGUUUGAAAAAUUUAUUAGUGAAUCGUUAACAACAACAAUUUCUCUAAAAGAUUUCACUACAAUUUUCAAUUUCCAAAUCAAUGUGGAACAAAUCUUGAUAGAAACUGUGGUAAAUGAAUUGAAAGAUAACGAAGAUUUAAAGGACGACGAAAAAUGGAAUAAUUUAUUAAAUGAGCAUCUUAAGAUCUUUCAAAAUUUGGUUGAUACACGUAAAUUGAAGACAAAUGAUCUGAAAUUAAGACAAGAUCCGAAUAAUGUCUCAACUUGGCAAGAACGAGUCUCGUUAUUCAAAUCUAAUAAGCGAAAAUGUGAGAUUUUUACGGAGGCUAUUCUAGCAAUUGAUCCUCUCAAAGUAUCGGUACCUGGAUCAUUUGGGAACCUUUGGUGUGACUAUGCCCAAAUAUAUUGGGAUGCAGGUAACUACGAUGUAGCACGAGAAAUCUACGAUCGUGCCUUAAAAGUGCCAUUUCCCUUUCUGGAUGAUUUAACAAAUAUAUGGACAGAAUGGGUAGAGAAAGAGUUGGAUUUAGAAGGAAUUGAGAAACCAAUACAAUUAUUAGAACAUGCCCUAGAGGCUCCAGAACAUCCUACGGUAGUGAUUGAAAGAUUUAAGAAUGGGCACGGAAAAGUCCCAGCCCAAACAGUUGUGUUCAACUCAUCAAAAUUAUGGAGCAUAUAUAUCGAUCUUCUGGAGACGUUAGCAUUAUCUGAAGAGGGUGAUGAAAUGGCAGUUGCAAAAGUGAUUAAAGCAUAUGAGCAAACAAUCAAGCUGAAAGUGAUAACACCACUACGCUUCAUCAAUUAUUCCCAUUUUCUGCAACAUCAUAAUAUGAUUAUGGAAUCAUAUCAAAUAUAUGAACGGGCAAUUCCACUCUUUACAGCAGAAACACAGUAUGAAUUAUGGAAUAUCUAUUUAGCAGAAGUAGUGAACCCUUUGUCACCGUUAUCAAAGGAGCACAUUCGUGAAUUAUUCGAGCAUGCAAUUAGAACAUUGUUGCCAUUUGGUAUUGAUUGUAAAUCGAUUUUCAUCUUGUACAGUGAUUUUGAAGAGAAGCAAGGUUUACUAAAAAGGAGUGUGGAUAUUUUGUGGAAAGGAGCUCAAACGAAUGGCCAAGGAACAAUUCAUUUAAAGAGUAGGCUUGGUCUUUGGAAUUUAUGUCUCUUUAAAGCACAGAGUCAUUUAGGACUUUCUGUUUCGAGACAAAUAUAUGAAGAUUGUAUCCAACAGGUCCCAAACUCCAAGUCAGCACCUUACAUUAUAGGUUUUGCAGAUGCAGAGACUAGUGGUGGUGAGAUUACACGUUCUAGGGAAAUAUUGGAAUACGGUGCAAGACUGAUUCCACCAGCCAAGAACACAUCAUUGUGGAAUUAUUGGGAAACCUUCGAAUUAAAGCAUGGUGACAAAGAAACUUAUAAGGAUAUGCUAAAACUUAAACGGAAAUUGGAUGUUGAAAUGCGUGUAGAUACCGAGCAAGUUACCACAAACGACGGAAACGUACAGUUUGUUGCCUCUACUGCCACCACAGAGAAGACGAAGGAUAUUUUGAAUACAGAGGAGAUCGAAUUAGAUAUUUAA